GCUUAAGUGCAGAGUCGCGGUGAGCUGGCGCUGCACGAGGAAACUUGGCUCAGUCGGCAAAGACUUACGCUCGCACGUGCUGCACUGCAGGUUGUCCAUUCAAUUAACGGCUAUUUAAGUGCUUGCUGGCUAGAAAACACUUGGAGACGGGGGGGACCGUCCACUUGUGGAGGGUGCUUGCAGAGAUGACGGAGGGUUGCGAGUUCGAGAUCGACGUGGAAAGCGUGGAGGUGGAGGUCGACGAGCAGAGCGAGCGAGCUCAGGAGGACAACCACCGCAACACGCGGGACGAUGGCGGGGACGCCCAGGCUGCCGAGCCGGAGCCUGUGCCUGGGCCGGGGCUCGGAGGCCUGAGUCCGGGCGAGCAGCGCAAAUUAAGCCGCACGCCCAAGUGCGCGCGCUGCCGCAACCACGGCGUGGUGUCCUGCCUCAAGGGCCACAAGCGCUUUUGUCGCUGGAGGGACUGCCAGUGCGCCAACUGCCUGCUGGUGGUGGAGAGGCAGCGGGUCAUGGCCGCGCAGGUGGCGCUACGCAGGCAGCAAGCCACGGAGGACAAAAAAGGACUAUCUGGGAAACAAAUUCCAGCCGAGAGGAGGAACAUUUAUCAGAGACAUGUUCGUCCAUCAACUCUGCUGGCCAAAAGCAUCCUUGAAGGAUUCCGCCCGGUGCCUUCCGACCCCUUCCUGGGUUCCAACCCGUCCCUGCCGCCGCCGCUGAGCGACCGCAUGCGCAAGCGUCGCGCGUUUGCCGACAAGGAGCUGGAGAGCAUCAUGUUGGAGCGUGAGUACAAGGAGCGCGAACUCCUGGAGAGCGGCCAGUCCUCCCCUCUGCUCUUCCCCACGCACCACGCCGUGGAAUACAACGCCUUCAAGACAGCGUACUCGCCCGAGGGGCCCCCGAAGGACGUGUGCUUGAGCCCCGCCUGUCUGGACGCGCCCGCGGCAUACCCUGCAGCCGGCAACAAUGUGGAGCUGGUCUCAUCCAAUCUUAGCGUAGCCUCCACUUACCGGCACUACCCACGGGGCGGCUUUGUGGUGUGGCCCCGGGGGGCCGCCAACCUGGGGGACGCCCUGCUCUACCGCCAGUGCUUGUUCAACACCGCAUCAGUACAGAAUCUGAAGCCCGUGGAGAGUGAUAGCUCGCAAGCCGCUUCAUCGCGAGACCUAGAGUACCCAUUGAAAUCUAACUCGGCUUUCUACUCGCCAAAGAGGAGCUGCGGACAAGCCUUCCCGGCCAAAGACACUGCUAAAUUCUCGCUAAAAGUCAACUCCACCUUCCACUCGCUCAUCCAACACUCAAUGGGCGACAAGGUCGGGGCAGCGGGUGAUCUGCGGGGGGCGCCGUAUUGCAAGGAGCUUCUUCAGGAGGCGGCCCGCAAGCUCAGGGAAAGCUCCGAAAGAGACGUGCAGGGCGGCAAAAUGGGUGACAGGUGCGCCAAGGACUUCCUUUCUGAUCCGGGAAGGACCAAGAUGGCUACUGGAGAGUCUCUGUCUUUCUCUGUGGAUGCCAUUUUGAAAAGACCACCCAUGAAUCGGGCAUUCCAUUGAAAGACUGGAAAUCCCUGUUUUAUUGUUUUGUUUUGUUUUUUGGCUGCAGGUGCAUGUGGAAUAUUUUGUCCAAAGUAUUUAAACAUGUUCCUCAUGUCAAUAAACUUUAUGAAAUUUGCCUAAAAUGACUCACAGUUAACUCUUUCAGUGCAAUGGACGAUGAUAGACAUCCAAUCAUGUGGCUCCAAAAACUUAAAUUAAAAGUCCUUAAAUGAGUUUAAGUUUAGUAAGCGUCAAAUCCAUUUGAACUGGGAGGACUGACAGUAAAUGAAUGUUUGUUCAUUCACUGCUUGCCUCCCCACUUAAAAUGGAUUGGACAUCUAGCGUUUUCAUUUGCAGUCAAUCGGCUAACUACUAGUAUUACUAUUGACUGGUUUUAACAAAAAUUCAAUCAGGAUGCUGCAGUUAAUCCAGACCACUGCAAACAAAUGUUAAAUAAUAACUGUAUACUAUUUAUAUAUAUUCAUAUAUAAAGUUCAAAUUAAAAAUACGAAUGAACAGAAAUAUAGGUCCAUUUAUAU